AUGGUACUCAAAGAGGUGAAACAGUAUAUCCUGGUGAUUUUGGUUGGAACCGCGAUAUUCGCUCAUGUUGCAGUUGAUGAAAGUGUUCCUUCUAUGUCAUUUGAAGAAAAGGAAGAACUCAAGGAAGAGUCAAGAGAUAUGUUCUAUCAUGCCUACAGAGCUUACAUGGAAAAUGCAUAUCCAGCUGAUGAAUUAAUGCCUUUAUCAUGCAAAGGGAGGUGGAAAGAUCCUUUAAACAGUAGGGGAGAUUUAGAUGAUACACUUGGAAAUUCCUCAAUAUACAUAUUCUCAAAAUUCCUUAGCAACACAUUGGUGAUCUUAGGAGAUUUAGAAGAAUUUGAAUUAGCUGUAAAAUAUGUUAUUAAAGAUGUUUCAUUUGACCAAGAUGUAAUAGUAUCUGUUUUUGAAACUAACAUUAGAGUUCUUGGGGGACUUCUUUCUGCUCACAUACUUGCUGAGUAUUUUCAGCAAAGAGAUGGAAUAAUGCCUUGGUACAAGGGAGAAUUGUUAUUUUUAGCAAAAGAUUUAGGUUUUAGAUUGCUUCCUGCCUUUAAUACAACUACCGGAAUUCCACAUUCCCGAGUAAAUUUAAAACAUGGGUUAAAAAAUAUGAGUUUAUCUGCUCAUCAAGAAACUUGCACAGCUUGUGCCGGUACAAUGAUUUUAGAAAUGGCUGCUCUGUCACGAUUAACAGGCGAAUUCAUAUUUGAACAGAAAGCGCAUAGAGCUAUGGAUGGCUUAUGGAAAAUUAGGCACAGAAGUUCCGAUUUAAUGGGUACUGUGUUAAAUGUUCAAUCUGGUGAUUGGGUACGUCGCGAUUCUGGAGUAGGUGCAGGAAUAGAUUCAUACUAUGAAUAUUGCCUCAAAGCUUACAUUCUCUUGGGAGAUGAAAAAUAUUUAGGACGUUUUAACAAACAUUAUAGUGCUAUAAUGAAAUAUAUCAGCCAGGGACCAAUGCUGAUUGAUGUUCACAUGCAUAGACCUCAUACUAAUUCAAAAAAUUUUAUGGACGCUCUUUUAGCUUUCUGGCCUGGAUUACAGGUAUUAAAAGGCGACUUAAAACCUGCAGUGGAAACUCACGAAAUGUUGUAUCAAAUAAUGCAAAGGCAUAAUCUAAUACCUGAGGCGUUUACGACCGAUUUUCACGUGCACUGGGGUCAACACCCCCUCCGUCCUGAGUUUGUUGAAUCAACUUAUUUCUUAUAUAAGGCUACCAACGAUCCUUAUUAUUUGCAAGUAGGAAAAUAUGCUUUAAAAAGUUUGCAAAAAUAUGCCAGGGUGCCUUGUGGUUAUGCCACCAUAAAAGAUGUAAGAACAGGAGGUCACGAUGAUCGUAUGGACUCAUUUGUUUUGGCCGAAACUUUCAAGUACCUUUACCUUUUGUUUGCUGAUACCAACGAUCUUUUAAUAGAUUUAGAUGAAUUUUUGUUCACAACAGAAGCUCAUUUGCUUCCAUUAAGUCUUUCAAGAAAUCACAAUUUGACUUCGUUUGCCCUGGACGAACAAUUUACAGAUGAUAUGGAUGGUUUAAAUUCAGAAUUUGCUAGAUGUUGCCCCAACACCCUUGAUCUGUUUCCGGAAAGUGUUAGAAAACCUUUAAAAAAUUUAGUUAACGGAAUGUGUCCAAGAACAUCGAAAAGAAAAUUACUUGCGUCACAAUUUACAGCGGGCGAUUCUGAGCACUUGCAAUUAUUGAAAAACAUGGGUAUUGCUGUUUUAUCAAUGGCCGACGGUCGCGUUCAGCUGGUUCAUACCAUAGCUAGCGCAAGAUCUCAAGCCGAUGCAAAAGAAGGUCUACUUUUUAUGCAAGAAAUGCUUGAAUUAUCUCAAACUCAGAAACAUGUGCCGGACAAAGGCCCUCUUUCUGUCGUUUUUGAAAAAAAUGGCCAAAUGAUUUCAAUAGCUGCUGGACCAGCUCAUUUCGGCAAAGAUCUUUCCGGGGGAAUGCGGGUUACUGCCAAAGUUGGCGUGGCAGAUCCUAUUCAAGCAUGUGAAUCAUUGAGUAAUUCAGAUCGGCUCAAAGGUCGAAUUGUAAUAAUACAACGAGGGGAUUGCAUGUUUGUUAGUAAAGUUAGAAAAGUAGAAGAAGCCGGCGCCGUAGCUGCAAUAGUUAUAGAUAAUACCCCAGGUUCGUCAUUAAUGACUUCAUCAAUGUUUGCCAUGUCGGGAGAUGGGAAAAACGAUGUUACUAUACCCGCAGUUUUCCUUUUUCACGAAGAUGCAUCGGAACUUAUGAAAGCAGUAGAAAAAAAUCUAGGAAUGGAAAUAUCAAUAACGGAUGGAAAUAAUACCGGUAAAUCAUAA